AUGCUCGUCUCUUGGGUCACAUUUAUUCAAGCGUUCCUAAUACUGCUGGUGAAAGGAGCCGACCAAUGGAGCCUCCGGGAGUCGUCUAACUGCGAGCUAAAAAGGAAACAAAGUGAUCUGAACUCUUUCCUGUGGACCAUCAAACGUAACCCUCCGUCCUACUUCUACGGCACGAUCCACGUCCCUUACACGCGCGUCUGGGACUUUAUCCCAGAGAACUCCAAGAAGGCUUUCCAGGAGAGCAACAUGGUUUACUUGGAGCUGGACCUGACUGAUCCCUACACCAUCUCAGCCCUGACCAGCUGCCAGCUUCUCCCUCAGGGGGGGACACUACAGGAUGUUCUACCCAGAGACAUCUACAGACGCCUCAAGAGGCACUUGGAGUACGUCAAGCUCAUGAUGCCAUUCUGGAUGACUCCUGACCAGAGGGGUAAAGGCCUCUACGCUGACUACCUGUUUAAUGCAAUAGCGGGGAACUGGGAGAGGAAGAGGCCUGUGUGGGUGAUGUUGAUGGUGAACUCGUUGACGGAGGCGGACAUUAAGACGAGGGGGGUCCCGGUGUUGGAUCUGUACCUGGCUCAGGAGGCAGAGAGGAUGAGGAAGAGAACAGGAGCUGUGGAGAAGGUGGAGGAGCAGUGUCACCCGCUCAACGGACUCAACUUCUCUCAGGUGAUCUUUGCCCUGAACCAGACCCUUGUACAGCAGGAGAGUGUGAGAGCAGGCAUUCUGCAGGGCUCCUAUACCACUGAGGACCUCAUCAAACACUACAACUGUGGAGACCUUAACUCCAUCAUCUUCAACCACGACACCUCACAGGUCCCCAACUUCAACAACGUGACCCUGCGCCCCAGUGAACAGAUAACGGCCCAGGAGAUAGACAGCUACUUCAGACAGGAACUGAUCUACAAGAGGAACGACAGGAUGGGGAACAGGGUCAAGGCUCUGAUGGAAGAGCACCCUGACAACAGCUUCUUCUUUGCCUUCGGAGCAGGUCACUUCCUGGGCAACAACACAGUGAUUGAUGUGCUGAGGAGUCAGGGCUAUGAAGUGGAGCACACUCCUGCAGGGCAGCCCAUUAACAGUCGAUCGAUAUCGGCCCCCGACCAGACGGGUCAUUCUCUGGGUCGGGACCUGGAUGAGUCCCCUUACCUGGAGCCUUUCCUCCACGAGCUUCAUGAUGAGGAGCAACAGCACCCUCUGCAGGACAACCCACUACCCAACAUACUGCCGCCUCGUCACUCCCACAGCCUGGAGCUGAUGAACAAGAUGGACCGCAAGCUGAAGAAGAAACGACGUAACAAACAGAGGAAACACCAGAGAAACGGACAGUUUAAUGACCUCUGGGUUCGCAUCGAAGAGAGCACCACAGUCGAGUCCCCUCCUCCUCCGCUGGUCCGUAUUAUUAAUGGUUACAUCACCGUACGGCCUCACCACCACAACUACGAGAGAGGCCACACCCACGGCAGAGCCAAUUACAACAGGUUGUUGUCAGGCUCCUCCGCCUCUACGCCCCUGUGUAGAUCGUCAGGUUCUCAUGCCUCAGCUAGAUCGCCAGGCUCCCCUCUCUCAGCUAGAUCACCAGGCUCCCCUGCUUCCCCCGGCUCGUCAGGUUCUCAUUCCUCAGCCAGAUCGCCAGGCUUCCCUGCUUCCACCGGCUUGUCGGGCUUUCAUGCCUCAGCUAGAUCGCCAGGCUCCCCUGCUUCCACCGGCUCGUCAGGUUCUCAUGCCUCAUCCGGAUUGCCAGGCUCCCCUGCUUCCACCGGGUCGUCGGGCUUUCAUGCCUCACCCGGAUUGCCAGGCUCCCCUGCCUCAGCCGGUCUGCCAGGUUCCAGCGCCCCAGCCGGCUCGACAGGUUCUCGCACCCCCAGCUGGCGUGACCGGUCCCCUCCUGAUCCCCGGGUUCGUCCCCUUUACCUCAGAGGACCGAUAUCUCAGGCCAUAGACCUCAGAGGACCGAUAUCUCAGGCCAUAGACCUCAGAGGACCGAUAUCUCAGGCCAUAGACCUCAGAGGACCGAUAUCUCAGGCCAUAGACCUCAGAGGACCGAUAUCUCAGGCCAUAGACCUCAGAGGACCGAUAUCUCAGGCCAUAGACCUCAGAGGACCGAUAUCUCAGGCCAUAGACCUCAGAGGACUGAUAGCGGUACCGGAGCACCAAGUCUAG